AUGGAAGAAGAGAUGAACUCCUUGCAUCUGAACCAAACUUGGGACUUGGUGAAGCUUCCAAGUGGAAAGAAAGUAUUAAAGAAUAGAUGGGUGUAUGUGAUAAAGCAUGAAGCCGAUGGAUCAAGAAGGUACAAGGCAAGACUAGUGGUGAAGGGCUAUGGUCAAAAGCAUGCUAUUGAUUUCAAUGAAAUAUUUGUUCUGGUGGUGAAGCAUGGUUCUUCAUUGGUGAUUAAUGGUUAUGUUGAUGUCAAUUAUGCCGGUUGUAAAAAGACAAGGAAAUCCAUUAUGGAUUAUAUUUUCACAUUUGGUGGUGGUCCGGAACGUAAUGAUUGCUGGGCACAUGAUGGCCAGAGAGAUGGAGAAUUUGAUGAAAUGCCCGAGAAGGAUGUUGUUUCGUGGAAUACCUUGAGCAAUAGGUAUGCCAGUGCUGACCAAGCUGAGCUUGCAAUACAGGUGUUUGAUGAAAUGCCGGAGAGGAAUUUGGUGUCAUGUUGGCCUUGCAUGCAAGGCCAUAAUGAAGAGUGUUUGGAACUGUUUGAUGGAAUGAUGUUGGUCAGAGAUGUAAAGCCGGAUGAGGCUGUAUCUGUUAACAUAUUGAUGGCGUGCACGAACCUUAGUGAUCUUGGCCGAGGAAGAUAG